CUAUAAAAUGGCUCCCCAGCGAAAUGCGGAGAUCAGUUGACUUUUGAAUUCGUCGCGAUGUUUCCGAUUUACGCCGUGAUCCUGGGCCUUUCAUUUCUUUCCAUACUGCCACAGGAUGCAAGUGGAACGUGUGAACUUAAAACCGCUUCUCCGUGUCCGCACGUUUUGAUCAAUUUUGGCUCCAAGCACAUAUUAUCCACUUCCCCGGAAACAUAUAAACGGGAAGAUGGCGAGACUAUUGAGCUUUUCUGCGCCACUGGAUUUUCUAUAACCCAAUCCAAUUCUUAUUACAACUCUCUGGUAUCGGAUGCAUUGACCAAGACUUCACUUACAAUGAAGUGUGGCCAUAAUAACUAUUUUACCUAUAAAAAUGAAGCAGCUCCAAAUUUGAUGGUUCGUUGUCGGACGGAAGUAACACAGUUGUUUGAGAGCAACACAAGUUUGCCAAAUUGCACGGACAUGACCCUCGUUGUUGGUAGAAGUUUCGGUAGCAUGGGUUUAAUGAAAAAUGCGGCAUUGUGCUAUGAUCUCGGCGCCGCUCAAUUGAAAUAUUUGGGUUACACGACAUUCCCAGAAACCCAGAUCGUCGGACCGACCCAUUUGGGCCAACUUAACGAUAUCGGAUUAAAUAUUCUUGUCAACUACCAAAAGACUCUAUUCAAGACCAUCAGCCAGAUGGAACUUAGUGAGUACUUGGCAGGGGAGAAGUUGUUCACGGAGGAUACUUUCCAGGUAGGCAGUCUGGUCCAGGAUGAGAUUGCUGGCAGGAAUUUGGUCGGCUACGAGGGCCUGAUGACCACCAUCUGGUUGAGGGCGCUGCGUUUGGGCAACUGGAAGCACUGGACGACAGCAAUGCAUGCUGCCGUCGGUGUCCACUUCGACGUUCGCUUGGGUGUCUCCGGAGCUCUGGAGCCGCCGAUGGUCCCCGGACAAUCGUGCAACUCAACUAUAUCUUUCCGCAUUGAACUGGCGGAUGGCAGAGCCGUGCACAUUCCCACCCACAUUUGGGCCCAUUUGAACGCUGUGGAGAAGACCGGCACCGGACAAGAUGAGUUCGUCAUCAUUGGACACAACUCGCCCUUUUACCGCAGUAACUCAAGCAGCUUGUGCCCCUCGAUGUGCAACCAGGUGUCCUGGCUGCGGAACAGCCUCUUCGCCAGCCUCCACGAGUUCCCCGCCUACGGAAUGGUGCAGUGCUGCCGGGUGGAGGAUGUGGCCCACAAGCUGGAUAAUUUCCCCGGUCCCUUUGAAAAUGUGAAUCCCACCACGAAAACCGAAGUCACGCCACCGACACUAGAAUUUCUGUAUCCAGAGGUUCUUGGAAAAGAGACCAAUGUAGAUAUGUAUUAACUUUGUUCAACAUUUUAAUGAAACGUGGACGUCAACAAAUGCGUCAUCUCCACAUUUCAAAGGAUAUUAUUCCUCUGUUCCACCAAAUAUACGAUCCUCAAGUUACAGUCA